GCCAAGAGCAACGACUUUACGUGUUAAGUGUUCAUCGUCUCCUUUGAAUUAGGUAUUCUAAUUUCUUCAAUUAAGCUACCGUCAGAGUAUGCUUACAAGUUUCCGCCGAGCGUUCACUCAUCAUAGAGUACAGCGGCUGUGUUCUCAGCCGCUGUCGGACAGAGUGAUAGCGCACAUGCAAAAAGGCCUUCCCAAAAAAUUUCCACUUCCAGGAGUCAACAAAGUUGUACUCAUAUCGUCAGCCAAAGGAGGCGUCGGAAAGUCAACAACCGCAGUAAACCUCGCUAUUAGUUGUGCAAUAUUAAAUUAUCGCGUCGGCCUGCUCGAUGCAGACGUAUUAGGGCCGUCAAUCCCGCAGAUGAUGAAUCUACGAGGGGAACCUGAGCUGAAUAGCCAGAACCAAAUGUUGCCUCUGCGGAACUACAAUGUUCGUGUAAUGUCGAUGGGCUUCUUGGUGAACGAGUCAGCUGCAAUAACUUGGCGUGGUCUUAUGGUUAUGCAGGCAGUACAGCGACUUCUUCGGAACGUUAACUGGGGAUCUGACGGCCUGGAUGUCUUAUUCGUAGAUAUGCCUCCGGGCACUGGCGAUGUUCAACUUUCAAUAGCUCAAAAUAUUCCAAUAGAUGGCGCUGUUAUCGUCACAACACCACAACCGGUUGCCCUUCUGGAUGCGCGACGAGGUAUCGAAAUGUUCCGUAAAAUGAAUGUGCCUAUUCUAGGCGUCGUGCAAAAUAUGUCCGAGCAUAUCUGUGAAAAAUGCGGUCACACGACAUAUAUGUUUGGAAAGGACGGAGCGAAAAAAAUGGCUGACGAUAUGGGAGUGCAAAUUAUUGGCAAUAUUCCGUUGAAUUUGGCGAUUCGCGAGGGGUGCGAUAGCGGUAAACCUAUCAUUGUUGUCGAACCUGAUUCGCCGGUGACAAAAGCAUACAAUGAAUUGGCGGCCAUUGUGUUAAUGAAGCUAGUUGCAUGUACCUCGCCUCGAAUAGCCGAAUGCCUACAUUGACCACAUCGCCAGGCGCGCUCCGUAUCCGUAAUCACCGCUCCCGA